AUGUUCGUCAGAACCUCGACACCGUGUGGUCGACCACCCCCUCCGCUACAGAGGACACCAGGACCACCUCCACCUCUCUCUGCUGGGGACGGAAAACCCAUCUCGUCGCUGCAGUGCGGACUGCCUGACAAGCUAGAACGUUGCCUGGAAAGAGCAGCUGGCCUGGAACAAUAUUUGGAGAACCUGUGCAGCAGUGACAGCUGCGAUUACCUGCAGACUCUCAAGAUGCACCUCCACGGUAUGAUUCAUAUCUGCUGCGUCAAGGUGCUCAAGCUGCUGCCCAAACCAUCCGGCUCGCUCAUGCGCGCCUUCCUCAUGGCCGGCCACUGCUACGGCUCCAUGGACCCUGUCUCCAACAUCAUCGUCAACUCCAUUUGGGACAACAGCCACGGCUGCCCUCUCCCAGAGUCUGAACGCAGCAAGAUUGAGCAAUACAAUGACAUCCUGGACCCCCUAUCUCUGCUCCGCACACAGGUUCACUCCCUCAAGGGCCUUGUGGAACUCGCCAAAUUCGCCAUCCUGGACACAGCACACGGCGGGUUCUCAACAGAGGGUUGUGCUCUGGAGUUGCUCUGCAGUGCAGGAUGCGACGUUUUUGACAGGUUUCCAUCAUCGGCAGGGAUGUUUAAAGAGAAGAAGCUCUUCCAUGAAGUUGCCAAGGCCGCUGGACACCCUCUACCGCUUCAGCUGGGUGAACUGCACGAGAUGCUGAUGGUAGCACCCGAGGGACAAGCGCUGCUCUCCUUGACGUCCGAGGCUCAAAUUCAAUGUAGUGUGUUGCGCAUCGAGGACAUGACAAAUCAUAUAAGCCGCAUGUGGCGCGGUUGGGUGGCUGCUAAAACUGGUGGCGUUGUGCAAGCUCCUAAACUUUUUCCAAAGUCUUUGAUGUUCGUGUCAAGCAUGAGAUCAAAGUAUGAGGAGCGGAGGAGUUGGUUCCGCUCAAAGAUUGAACAGGUGCUGAAGGAUUACACGACCCAGCAUUUUUGGGAGCAGCAGUAUAAACUUGAUAUUAUCUGUGGCGUGGAGGCAAUCAACAAAGGCCGCCCCCCCUUGGGUGAGAUGUGCUACCGCGUGAACUUCACUGCUACUUCCCAUUUGGAGCGUGAGAGGAGGCUAUUCUUCGCUGAGUUUUUGUUCUCAGGUGGGCCAAGGCCAGAGACCUGCUGCCCUCUACCCUAUGACUAUGCGGGCCGUUGCUACUAUGGUGAGCAAACCGCGAGGAAAAUUGUGUAUCCUGAUGACGCCAAAUACAUCCCGCACGAUAUCACCCAUCCUGGAACCCGCCGUGUGGAUGACAUGCUAGAGAUGGACGUCGUCCACUUCAGUUCCGAGAUGGACGUGGAGCUCGCAGAGAAACUCAACAAGAUGCAUGCCAAUUGA